UAGACAGGUGUUCACUUUGGAUCCCAGACACAACGCGGGCUCUUCCUCCCCACAACCCCACUCCGCGACUUCACGGGUCUUAAACUUGAGGAGAAUUUACUGAAGACCCCUGCAGCCCAAAGAGCAGCAGGAUGCAGCGUUUCAGAGAAAAUAUUCACAUACGCACCAUGAAAGCCAAGAGGAAAGUAGAGGAGAUCUCCAAGGAGGACGUGCAGGCUUUCCUCAAGAAAAACGCCUUUGUGCUCUUCACUGUCGGGGCCGUGAUUGUAGGAAUUAUUCUGGGAUUUGGUCUUCGUCCCUACAAGAUGAGCUACAGGGAAGUGAAGUACUUCUCUUUCCCCGGAGAGCUGCUGAUGAGAAUGCUGCAGAUGCUUGUGCUGCCUCUGCUGAUCUCCAGCCUGGUAACAGGAAUGGCAGCUCUGGACAGCAAGGCCUCAGGAAAGAUGGGCAUGAGAGCCGUCAUAUACUACAUGAGCACGACCUUCAUCGCCGUCUUCAUCGGCAUCAUCAUCGUCCUCAUCAUCCAUCCGGGAAAGGGUUCGAAGGAAGAGUUUGGAAAACAGCAGAAAAUAGAGCAAGUCAGUCCUGCUGACGCCUUCUUAGAUCUGAUCAGAAACAUGUUUCCACCCAACCUGGUCCAAGCCUGCACUCAGCAGUUCAAAACCAAAUAUGGCAAGAGGGCGGUGCACGUGACAGUGACGGUGAACGAAACCCUCUUCAACUCCACCAAUGCCACCCAGGAGGUGGUGGAAAUCAUUCGGGAGGAAGUGAUUCCGAUAGCGGGUCAGACCAAUGCUGUCAACGCCCUGGGGUUGGUGGUCUUCUCCAUGUGCUUUGGUCUGAUAAUUGGCAACAUGAAGGAGCAGGGUCAGCUCCUGAGGGAUUUCUUCGACAGCCUCAAUGAGGCCAUCAUGCAGUUGGUUGCCAUUAUCAUGUGGUAUGCUCCCAUUGGUAUCCUGUUCCUCAUCGCAGGGAAGAUUGUGGAGAUGGAUGACCUGACACAGAUGGGUGGUCAACUGGGAAUGUACACCAUCACGGUCAUCAUUGGCUUAUUGAUCCACGGCGUUAUCAUUCUUCCUACUCUAUACUUCGCCAUCACUCGACAGAACCCCUUUAUAUUCAUUGGUGGGCUGGUGCAAGCUCUGGUCACAGCACUGGGCACGUCCUCCAGCUCAGCCACUCUCCCCGUCACCUUUAAAUGUCUGGAGGAGAACAACAAAAUUGAUAAGAGAAUAACACGUUUUGUGCUCCCCGUGGGGGCCACUAUCAACAUGGACGGAACAGCGCUGUAUGAAGCCCUAGCCGCCAUCUUUAUAGCUCAGGUCAACAAUAUGGAAAUGAACUUCGGACAGAUCAUAACCAUCAGUAUCACAGCAACAGCUGCCAGUAUUGGAGCCGCAGGCAUCCCCCAGGCCGGUCUGGUCACCAUGGUGAUCGUACUGACCUCUGUCGGACUCCCGACCGAUGAUAUCACACUCAUUAUUGCAGUUGACUGGUUCCUGGACCGCUUACGUACCACCACCAAUGUUCUGGGUGAUUCCAUCGGCGCCGGCAUAAUUGAGUUUUUGUCUCGACACGAGCUCCGCACCAAAGAUGUGGAGAUGGGAAACUCAGUGGUGGAGGAGAAGGAGAGGAAGAAGCCCUACAAGCUGAUCUCCCAGGAUAGUGAUUUUGAGAAUGAUAAACGUGUCCACAGUGAAUCACACAUGUAG